AUGGACGAUCCUAUUGGUCAAAAAACUUUCUUAAGAUUGGAACCGACUCCGAUCAUCUCUAAGGCACUGGAUAAAGGAAAAGGGGUGGUCUAUGACUUCAGUGCUCAAAAGGAGCAGGUGGUGAACACGAAAAAACUGAUGGCCAGCGCUAUUUCAGCGGGUAUGAAAGUUCUCCAAUCUGGCAAGAUAGUAUCAGAGCAUCCUAUCUCUGAAAUGGCCGUAAAUUCUACUCAGUCAAAAUUUCUUCCUGAGGGUUCAACGGGUUAUAGUGUGGGCUUCUAUGAAACCUGCACUUCCGGGACCUCUCUAAAGAAACCUAAACGCAGAAGAAGGCCAGGCACUUAUAAGAGAAAAGGCAAUGGGAAGAGGAUUCAGAAGGAAGAUGUUGGAUCGGGGAAGAAGAUUGGAGAAGGUGUAGUCACAGAUUAUAAGAGGAAGGCAAAUGAAGAUGUCGAGCCAUCUAAAAGCUCUGCAAGGUUUAAGAAACCAAUGGUGGUCCCAAAUGAGGGACCGUCCAAGAUUUAA